CACGACAUUCUGAACCGAAAAAACUGAAAAGAACGGUGUAUUCAAAACGCCAAGCUGACGAAGCGAAAGCGAGAAGCGGAAACACCAAAUAUGGGUGUUGAUUACUACGACAUCCUUCAGGUCGAUAGGGAUGCUAAGGAAGAGGACCUGAGGAAAGCGUACAAGAGACUCGCCAUGAAAUGGCACCCCGACAAAAAUCUCACGAAGAAGGAAGAGUCUGAAGCAAUGUUUAAACAAGUAUCUGAAGCGUAUGAGGUUUUAAGUGAUCCCCAGAAAAGGGCACGUUUUGAUAAUACUCUAAAACCUCGGGUGGAACCUGCUGCUGAUGCUGGUGCAUCUGGUGAUGGUGGACCCACCCGAUACCAGAACCCGCUCCCCAAAGCACCUCCAGUGGAGCGCAAGUUGCCUUGUACUCUGGAGGAAUUGUAUUAGGGAACCACCA